AGUGACAAGAAGAAAGAGAGGAUUGUCUCAGAAAUGCUUCCGUUCUUAAAAUCCCACAGUCCAGGAAUUUUGUGACUACCGUGCGCGAUGUAACUCAAGAGAGAGAAGUGCCCGUUGACCUAGGAAUGUGGUGCCCAGGGGCAAAGGGUGAUUUGUGAACUUCGCCGAAAACUUACGCGAAUUUUUGUUCGUUCCAUUUUCAAGAUGGCGGUGUGCCGUCUUAUCCAGGGCACUGCUAAAGUGUCAAGCACAUGUGGCUGUUGUCGAACUUGGCUCGUGGGCCUCACAAUUCUUAUGUUUUGUUUGGAGAUGUCCUUGGGAGAGUCAAAAGAUGAUACCAAAGAUGCCAGUAGAUACUCAUUAGAACCAGGCGCAAAGAAGCCUGGUAAACAAAACGACAGUCCGUACGGUGUCUUUACUCAGAUAGCAGACGGAUUUUAUCUUACAGAUGGACGCCAAGACAAAGUGAAUCCACAGGCAUUCGGUGGAAUUAUUAUGUCAGAGGAAGCAAGGAGGGUUGCUACGAGGCUAAGAUACCUGAGCAAUGAAGAGAUUGGUGUCUUAGAAAUGCAGGGUAUCUAUGACGCUGAGAAAAAUGAGAAGGAAGAAGUGGAUGAGAAAGCCAAACUACUUCAGAUUGUCAAAAGGUUACAUGACCGCUUCCACAACUACCUGCAAGUGCUGAACACUAACAAAGUGACUGUGGAGAAUUUGUACAGGUUCCACGCCAAACAUCCCAUUACCCUCUCCCUUGAUUGCUGUAGUCUUCCUUUACGAGACCUCAAAUCAGACAACCAGUAUGGGUGCAGAAUCUCCAGGCGUACAAGCUGUGAUUUGUUACCGCCGAAUGUUCCGUUUGGGGCAUUCAAUCCAGGUCGAAAUCUCACUGAAGUGUGGCGAGGCAACAUGCAAUACUUCCCCAGUUUAAAAUGGCAGUAUUUUAUAUCCGUGGAUGGAGUGCACAACGAGUAUCCCUCCACAAACUAUCAUCAUGUGGACACUGAUUGUCAGAAUAUCCACGACCUUCAACACAGUGAAGUGUUCCUCUCAACUGUCCAGCCCUGGCCCAAACACUUGGUGAUAAUUAUGGACCAUGGCAACUCUCUUAGUGCUAACCAGCUGGUACUGGCCAAAGCCAUAGCUAAACAUCUCUUUAACAUCAUAGCCGACGGAGACAUGGUGUCGGUGCUGGGCUUGGCGUCUAAGGUUUCAUACCCCAGGGAGGAUCGAUGUCUUCCCCAUACCCUUGCACCCUUCUCCCUAGAGGCCAGGUUGCUCUUCUCCAAGUUCAUUGAUAACUUAGAAAAGCAAGACACUGCAACAAAUCAUUCCCUGGGAUUUCAGGAGGCUUUUGAAAUCAUUGAGAAUAGUUUGAAAACAGAGGGUACAGCUAUUCUGGAGAACACAAUGAUUAUAUACAUCAGCCGUGGAUUAUUGUCGUCCCUGACGGAGGCCCGGGAAGUCAUGGAGAUGAUUGCCACACACAACUCUCGGACACAGCACAAAGUUAUCAUCAAUACUUAUGCUGUAAUAGAUGAUGGUAAACCUAUCAUGUAUGAGAAGAGUUUCAUGCAGGACAUUGCCAGUCAGAACUUCCCUAACUAUGAUGUCCAAUACAAUCAUGACAAACCUCCACCGAAGGGAACCAUGAUGGCCAUCAAUACAACAAGAGACCUGGGAUCUACUGUUGGACGAUUUUACCUGUCUUUUAACAACACAACACCUACAGAGCCAGUUUUCCUGUUACCUGUGUCAGAUCUGGCAGAUCAGGCGCUAACCCUGAGUCUUAGCCAGCCCUGUUUCUAUGAGGGCAGUGUGGUCGGAGUGGUUGGAGUAGACCUUCACAUGGAGGAUAUUGCCCAGGACAUCACCUACUACAAUCAAGGGGAUGGCUCCUAUGCUUUCAUCAUAGACACUGCAGGCUACACUAUAAUGCAUCCCUCUGUGACACGUCCUCUGAAAACAAGUUUCCAGCCCAUGCAUACAGACAUAAGGCAUUAUGAGUACUCACCAGGCUUUGAACGCAUCAGAACAAAAAUGAUCAGGGAUCCAGAAGGCGAGCAAAUUUUAAAAGCGAAGAGGCAAGGAAAUGCAACAGAAUCUGAGCCUGAAGAUAAAAAAUUUGCAAAAUAUAUAUGGAAAAAGCUUGAAAACAGUCCAUACAUUGUGGUGAUUAAGGUGUUCAGCAACAACCCAGUCAUUAUUGAACUCAAAGAUGCACAUUUGACUAGCUCAGCUGAUCUGAUGUACCACAGACUGGAUCUCCUCACAACUGACAACAUACAUAUGUGUAUGCAUAUGAAACAAGUUGCCACACUAGGUAUGAGCUCCUUGUUUCUCUCAGCCAGCAGCUUUAAGGAGCCUUAUGAACACUUGAGUCAGCAGGAGACUAAACGUAUGGUCAAGGGUUAUCUGGCUUACCUCAAGGACAAUACCAGAUUAAUAGCCAACCCAGGAUUAAAGGAUAAAAUCCGUGACGAUGUGGCAGUGAUAUCGAAGAUAAAUUCUAACUGGUUACGCCGUGUGAAGGCUGGAACAUUAGAUGACUUCAUCCUCAGGAGGUAUAUUGCUACCCCAAGUGGAGUAAUGUCUAUGUACCCGGGCACACUAUUGGACAGAGCAUAUGACCCCACAAAGAGAAUGUGGUUCCAAAGGGCUCUGGAGUUUCCAGCUUAUGUGACAAUGACAGCUCCCUAUCUAGACAGUGGUGGGGGUGGUUAUAUUGUUACUAUUGCCCAUACCAUCUUUGAAGGAAGACAACCCCCUUUACAUAGUGACUGGGAUCAGGUCAUGGCUGUGAUGGGGAUGGAUGUCACCAUGGGCUACUUUUACAAGUUGAUGGCAGAGAACAUACCAGCUUGUGAGCAGCCUAACAUAAGAUGUUUUAUGAUGGAUAACCAGGGAUAUCUUAUAGCUCACCCAGGUCUGAUUGAAGCCUAUGGAAAGGGACCUUUGGAACAGCAACACAUCACACAUAAGGAACCUUUAGUGGCCAAUGAUAUUCUUAACCACAAAGGAUUUGUUACAAAGAGACUUUGUAACAGAUACAGUGAUAGAACAAUCCAGAGAUUCUACAAUUUUAGCACAAGUCUGGACGUCACAUUGACAAAUCUUGUACAUGGGGAGCACUGUUCUCGCUAUCAGAUAGCAGCUGUACCUGGAACAAACACCUUCAUCGGCAUUGUCAAUCAAACCUGUGACAUGGCAACAGCAUUUUGCCCAUGUAGCAUGGUGGAUAGGCUCUGUCUGAAUUGUCAUCGAAUGGAACAGAAUGAAUGUGAGUGUCCUUGUGAGUGCCAGUUGGAAAUGAACUUCUGCACAGGCAAACUACUAGAUGAUGAAGAUUUGAAUCCCAGCUGUCACCCAGUACCAGAAGCAACCUAUCUUGCUCUGGUAGACUCAACAGUUACAGCCAACCUGGAACAGUGCUUCAAGGUGAACUGUGAGGAGAGAACAUCAAAGCUAGACUGUCUGGGUGUGGUUGACUGUGAGUGGUGCCAGAGUCAGCCAGAUGGCAAGACCCCUCUAACCACUCCAUAUUGCGCCAGUCAGAGAGUUUGCUUUGGAGGUGUGGUUGGUGCCAUCACUCCUUAUGGGGACCAAGUGCGAUUUGCCCUUGAGGAAGAGGAGAGCAUUGUGGUGAAGACCACCCCAGUGGGGCCGGUGGCUGGGGGUAUCAUGGGCUGCUUCCUUGUCCUAGCCCUGGGAGUUUACUGUUACAGACAUCAUGUCCAUCGGAACAACAGACAGUACAUCACCACAAUCCAGGAGAACCCAAAUCGCAUGUCGCACUACUACAAUGAACCAGAGGAUUUUGAGAUCCAUGAAGAACCAGGUACAGGCCAUACAAACAUAGUACUAGCUUCAUUUGAGAAUCCAGCAAGCAUAUCUCCAUACCGUGUGAACACCUCAUACAGAAGGCCAGCAGGAGGAGAUAGUGACCAUGGGUACAGCACUAUGACCCCUCACGAGGACAGUGAACAUGCCAGUCUUCCAUGCCUUGAGCCGCUUAUCAUUGGAAAAGAUCGUUACAAGCCAGCCCCAUACCCGAGCACAAAGACUCCAACAAUACCACCCCCACCGUCCUCCACAAGCAGGCGAAGUCGAAGCCCCACUCCGCCCCAGACCCGCAUCGGUGGUUACUCAACCAUCCCUGAACAAACCAGCCUACCUCCUCAAACAGUUCUGCCAAACACAAUUCCUGAGGCUUCUAACAGCAUUUUAGCUAAUGUCCAAGUGCACAUGGUGGACACUCAUUAGGGACACAACUCACUUGGCAGCCAUUUUUUUGUAUAUUAAUGGAGAGCUUUAUGGUGGAAAUAGACUGAUUAAAGUUAAAAGCAGAUGUCACUGCGGGGUCUUCCAAAACCAUUUUACGGGUUUGUAAAAUUCAGACUGCAAGUGAGAUGAUGGACAACAUUUUCCUUCAGUAAGAUACAGUAAGAGAGAACAGAGAUAUGUGGACACCACAUUUGAGCUUUUCUCAAAAUUCUCAAAAACCUGUAAUUGUUCUGGUGUCUAGUGGUAAGGAGAAAGUUACAUGAGUGAUUGAAAUGGCCAGUGGAAAGUGAUAUUGAUACCACAAAUGACAAAAAGAAAGUGACAGUGUCAGAAGUGGCAUGAAGAAAGCGAUGUUGAUUUUAGCUAUGGCAUGCAGGGAGUGAUUUGUGUCUGAAAGUGGUGUUUAGAGAAAGUGUGGAAAAAAAAGACCCAAACAAACAAAAAGGUGUAAAUAUAUGUUAAACAAGUUGUGUUAAAAAAGGGUGCUCCAAAACCACUUUUGGCAUUGGACUUCUGGACCUCCUGUUGAAAUUGGCCACAGCGGAAUACCGUGGUUGUCGCCAAUGCAGUUGGAUCAUGCUUUGUAUCGAAGGUGCUUAUCACUUUCCUUUGUAUGUCAUAUUCUGCAAGAGCCAGUGUUGAACAUGGCUGUUGUCAUGUAGCCCUCUGUUACCUCAUUUGUGUAUACAUGUAUAUGUUGUGUGGUUAAUCGUUAUUUUGAGCUCUGAUUGCAUACCUGUUGGUCACAUCCUGGCUGCACAAGCAUACAGGGUAAUCACAUACAGAUAGUUCAAUUUUGUACAUCUGUAGGAAAAGGGAGAAAAGAAUUUAAUGUGCAAAUGUUACAUGUAGUUUUCAUGUUUCAUUCAAAAAAACUGUCAUCUGAGAAUGUGUGUUAGUACAAGAAUAAGAGAUUUGUUCUGCAAUAUUCAGAUUUUUGUCAAGUAUACUCCAUACUGGUACCCAGUGUCAUACUGUGAAGGGUUGUGUUUCCUAGUGGCUCUUGUCCACUGGCCUACAUAGUGUGAAAUUUUUUUGCAAAUAUCCAGCUUCUGGCAUGUCUUUAAUUUUUUUCUAUAGACUGUUAUAUGACCAUUUACUUUUGGAUACCAAACCCUGUGAAAAGGCCUAAUUUGAAAAAAUUUUUAAAAAAUAAUAUAUAGUUUAAAUAUGGCUUUGACUUGCUUCAAAUUUACUGUGUAAUGGCACAGUUGCUCAGACCUGUGAACAUCAGAAUUUCCAUGGAGUGCUUUUACAUGUAAUCUGUUUUUAUUGGUCUUCUUUAAUGUUAGUACGUGGGAAGGUCUUCCAGCAACCUGCAGAUGGUCGUGGAUUUCCCUGGGGCUCUGCCUGGUUUCCUCCCACCAUCAUGCUGGCCGCCAUCGUAUAAGUGAAAUAUUCUUGAGUAUGAUGUAAAACACUAAUCAAAUAAAUAAAUACCUUCUACUGUAUCUAGUCGUGAAAUUUAAAAAGGCUUUGAUCUGUCCUGCCAGUUAUUAACAUAUGUACGUAUGAAUGUGCAAAUGGAGAUCAUGUGACAAGAAAGGUUAUCUUUAAUACUUGUUAAUAUGGCGAAGACAUGAAAAUCAGUCUUUGAAAAUGUGUCUUUGCAACAUUUGCCAUGUGAAAAACAUGCAAUAUAUGUUGCACACUUAUUUUUUCAAUUCCUCUUAAAUGUGAACUUCAAAGGUUUCUAUUGUAAUUCUGAAAUUAUUACCUGGGGAUAGCUUCUGUUUUUAGACAAAGCUGUUUUAUCCAUUUUAAUCUAAAGCCACUAUGAUAAUUAACUUUAAACUCCAUUUGUACAAUAAAUCUUGCAUUCUGUUCAGUAUAUUUUGUUGUUGUGGUUAACAACAGAGUGAAUUACACAGGACUGCUGUGGCAUCUUAAAGUUUUGUGGUUAAGGUUUUCAUCAAAUAAGAAAUGCAAAAUAAUAGAAGUUAGUGUAAACUAUCACCCUUUUUUAAAUUUUUUUUAACAGGAAUGUUAAAAGCCUUUUCAGUUCACUUUUAAGGAUGAAGAAAAUGUGUCUUUCCAUAGUGUUUUGUGCUAGCUGUAGUGUUGACUGGCAUAGAUUUCUCUCUGUACCUUGUAAAUAUACGUAAACGUCAGAGGAUAACAUUGUUCAACUACCUGUGUCCAUGUCUGUUUGCUGAAGUGUUUUGCUUGUACCAUAAAUAGUAAAGAUAGUAACAAAGGUUUGUGUAGAUUGCCAUAGACCUUAUGGGUAAAUAGGAAGAUAUAACAAAAAUCUGUGAAGACGUCCAAGAGUAACCUUAAAACCAAAAACAGGGUUCAUUAUUAUUGCAAAUGUCUAAAUGUUGCGUCCAGUUUCUAGCCAUUGCGUCCAGCCAUUUAUAGCAGUUUGGUCAACCCCGUUAGGAGCUGUAUUCAGGUAUUUGACAGACAACUCAAGUCUUGCUUUGUAAUAUUUUAUUACCUUGCAGAAAGAAAUGACAUUUGGUAGUACAUGUAAUGUCUCUAAUAAGAGACUGCAAGGUUGGUAUUUAAAAAAAGGGCCAUUUUGCCAUUGGUUGAUCCAAGAUUUUACUGAUAGCUAUUUUUUAACUUUGACUUAAAUAUUAUCUCUUGUUAUAACAGUAAUAUGGUUCAAUCAGCUGGUAAGAGUUAGUCUUUUCAAUUUCAGAAUGUUUUAUGUGUCUUUUGACAACCAGUUUUACUCAGCAGAGGGUGUUGUUUUAAAUAUUCUUUGUUUUUCAUACAUGUUGCAUUAGAUUUAAACAGGGCAAUUCAAAAUUUUCUUUGAAAGUUUCUAUUACCUGGCUAAGGAUAAAAUGAAAAUUUUCCAGUGAAAUGGAAUCUCCUGUUAUGAUCUGCUCAUGAAAUGUAAAUCGUUCUGGUUGAUACACAAUUAGCCGCUGCUGAUGAGCGGUUAUGUUUACAAUUUGCUUCACCAAGCAGUGUUUUGAAUUCAUAUGUAUACUUGAUUUAAAGUGUCACAGUUGUAGUACUUUCAGAUCCAUUUCUUAGGAACAACAGAAUCUCAGGGAAUUUUAUGAUUUAGUCAUGUCUGGUGCUGCUGCUGUGGGCUUUAAUGAAAGUCAUUCUAAUUUGUCCAUAGACAUUAGAAAUAACCACUACCUAUACUGUAGUAGAUUGGCUCAUGGUCUCUGUCUUUAAGUUUGCUUUCAAAUUUUUUUAAUCAACCAGUUGUUUAAUGAUAACAUAGAAUCAUUUUUACCCACUUUUGUAUGAAAAUUACUUGGACCUGCGUUAGUGCUUGUUGUUUACCUCCAGUUCACUAAGGCAGAAUGACUGUAAAUACAAGUACAUAGUUCAGUCAUAGAUCAGUUUAAAAGAAAUAUUAAUAAAUCUGUACUCCUUACAUUAUGUGACUGACUUACACAUAUGAUGGUUUAUUUCAUUUAUUUAAAGAACAAACAAAGACAAAAUGUCACCCUUCAAUUUUGGUCACUCUUACUACAAAUUUAUGUCAUCAUCUUUUGUGCUAGAAUCAACAAAUUUCAAAAUUAAAGUUUAUAGCAGGCUCAAUCCGUAUAUUUAGUUGAGAGAAAGAAUUUUACAUAACUUGGGUGCUUGGAACGUAUACAUGGUUUACUUGUCCGCUAAAAAUGUCAACAAAUAUGAUGAUCAUACUCCAGAAUUUUGUUGCACCUUUAUGUCCAGAGAUAACAUAUCACUCCAGUGUCCCGUCAGUGUAUGUAUACCCAUAACCUGUGCCACAGCAUUUAUUAUUGGCUGCAGGCCGUCAAGGGUAAUAUGUAAAUGUAAUCAAUAGAUAAAUUUUCAUUGGCUGAUAGUAGAAAGUGGCGGAAGUAUUGAAUGUGGAAUGAAAUGUUAAAUGAAAGUGGGCAUGAUGCAUUGUUCUGUAUAACAGAGUCUUUGAGUGUUUAGGUUUAAAUGAUUGAUAAAAUGAUUAUAAAUAUGUAGAUGAUGAAAAGUUACAACAAAGCCAAAAAAUUCAUUGUUCGUUUUGAAAUGUGACAAAAUUUUGUUGUUUUGUAUGAUGGAAUAGCCGUGCUGUUUUAUAUCUUGUAUGUACAAAGGUCUAACCCUGUGGUUAGUUUUUAAUAAAAAAAAAUAUCAAACAUUAAA